GAAGUCCUGUCCUGUAAUUAUUUUGUGACUGGCAGGCUAUCUGUUCCUGCAUAGCUUAUUUUACUUAGCUAAGUUACUACUACUAUAACGAGUUUAUUUCAGUUUAUAUGAUAUAGUAGGCUGUUUUCACAUUUUUAGUCUAUAAAAUAAGAGAUUGCUUACAUACAAGUAGUUUUAGACUCUUCUUUCCAGAGUGAAUGUUUCUCGGAGGCAGCAGGACAGUUAUGUACCGCCCAUGCGUGUAACUCCUGUAAGAGCGCCGCACAAUCAUCAUAAACAUACUUUUUGAAGCCUUUACGCGUGACCUGCUCCAACAAUGCUGCCGCGUAAGAGCAUCAUUCCCGAAGAGUUCGCGUUCUCCCCGGCGCUUGUGUCGCCGAUUCCCCGCAAGCCGGUGUUCAGGGACCGGGUGAACAAGGCGCGCUUCAUCGCCAAGAAUGGCGCAUGUAACUUGUCGCACAAGAACAUUCGCGAGCAGGGCAGAUUCCUGCAGGACGUGGUCACUACUUUAGUGGAUCUUAAAUGGCGUUUCACCAUGGUGAUUUUCUCCAUGACGUUCCUGUGCAGCUGGCUGCUGUUCGCUAUGUUCUGGUGGCUGGUGGCCUUUGCGCACGGGGAUCUGGACUAUAACCGUAAAUCUGGUGUAGAGCAGUGUGUCACUCAUGUCAAAUCUUUCACCUCUGCCUUCCUCUUCUCCAUUGAGGUGCAGGUGACUAUAGGAUUUGGAACGCGUAUGAUAACAGAGCAGUGCCCCACAGCCAUCGCGGUGCUCAUACUGCAGAACAUCAUUGGCCUGAUAAUUAACGCGGUCAUGCUGGGCUGCAUCUUCAUGAAGACUGCCCAGUCCCACCGGCGCGCCGAGACCCUCAUCUUCAGCCGCCAUGCUGUCAUCGCAGUGCGCAACAACCGCCUGUGCUUUAUGAUCCGGGUGGGUGAUCUGCGCAAAAGCAUGAUCAUCAACGCGGUCGUGCGCCUCCAAGUGGUCCGGAAGACCACUACACCAGAGGGCGAAGUCAUACCCAUCCACCAGAUCGACGUCCAGACAGAAAGCGCAGUUGCUGGCAACAGCAUCUUCCUGUUGGCUCCCCUAGUUAUAAGUCAUGUCAUUGAUAAGGACAGUCCUCUAUACGAUCUCUCUGCGAUGGAGCUGCAGUGUAGCGAUCUUGAGGUCAUCGUGAUCUUGGAAGGUGUGGUGGAGACCACAGGCAUCUCCACUCAGGCGCGCACCUCGUACGUGACUGAGGAGAUUCAGUGGGGCCACCGAUUCGUGCCUAUAGUGACUGAGGAAGAGGGUGUGUACUCGGUGGACUACUCAAAGUUUGGGAACACGGUCAAGGUGGCCACUCCGCGCUGCAGCGCCCGCGAGCUGGACGAGAAGCCCUCCAUCCUGAUCCAAACGCUCCAGAAGAGUGAACUGUCGCACCAGAACUCUUUGCGCAAGAGGAACUCCAUGCGCCGGAACAACUCCAUGCGUAAGAGCAACUCCAUGCGGCGCAACAAUUCUGCCCUUUCAGUGCCCAAAGUGCAGUUCCUCACCCCUGAGGGCGGACCAAAUCUAGCAGUCACAUGACAAAUAGCCUGGUUAGCAAUUUUCACCUGUCUUUCUUUUCGUCCUUGUCUUUCUCUAGGUCCUUGUCAUGCUCUUUUCUAUGGUUUCCUCUGUUUUGUGAUCAUUCCUAUCCUUUUCAACUCUGGCCCUAGAGACCCACUUUUCUGCAGAGUUUAGCUUCAGCCCUAAUAAAAUACACCCAAAUAAGCAACACGGUGGACUACUCGAACUUUGGGAACUUGAAGUCGCACCAGAACAACUCUGUGUGCAAGGGCAACUCUAUGCGCUGCAGCAGUUCCACUCUUGCCAUGCCCUUUCAGUGCCCAAAGUAGAGUCCCUCACACCUUAGGGUGGACCAAAUCAAGCAGUCACAUGACAAAAGGACUGGUUAGCAAUUUUCACCUGUCUUUCUUUAAGACCUUGUCUUUCUCUUUGUCCUUGCCAUUCUCUUUUCUAUGGUUUUCUCAGUUUUUUUGACCAUUUCUAUCCUGGGCAACUCUGGACCUCAAGAUCCAAUUUGCUGCAGAGUUUUACUUCAACCCUAAUAGAAUACAUCAGAACAAGCUACUCGGUGGACUACUCAAAGUUUGGGAGCAAGGUUAAGAUGGCCAUGCUGCAGUGCCUGCGAGCUGGACAAGAAUCUCUCAAUCCGAAUCCAUAUGCUCCACAAGAGCGAGUUGUCGCACCAGUCCUCAAAAGGAACUCCAUGCGGCGGAACAACUGUGUAUGCACUACUAACUCUAUGUGCUGCAGUAUUUCUGCUCUCUCUGUGCCCAAAAUGCAAUUCCUCACCCCUGAGAGUGGACCAAGUCUAGCAGUCACAUUACAAAAGGCCUGGUUAUCGAUUUUAACCUGUCUCUCUUUCUCUGGCCCUCGAGAUCUAUUUUUCUGCAGAGUUUAGCUUUAAUCCUUACCAGAACAAGCUACUUGGUGGACUACUCAAAGUUUGGGAACACAGUCAAGGUGGCCACCCUGCACUGUGGUGCCUGCGAGCUGGAUGAAAAGCCCUCCAUCCUGAUCCAACUUGAUGUGCCUAACAACGAUCCGCUCUCGCCGUGCCCAAAGUGCAAUUCCUCACCUGUGAGGGUAGAACAAAUCUAGCAGCCGCGUUACAAAAGGCCUGGCCAGAACAAGCUACUUGGUGGACUACUCAAAGUUCGGGAACAUGGUUAGGGUGGCCACCUGCGCUGUAGCGCCCGCGAGCUGGACAAGAAGCCCUCCUUCCAGAUCCAGAAGCUCCAGAAGAGUGAGUUGUUGCACCAGAACUCUUUGUGCAAGAGGAAAUCCAUGUGCUGGAACAACUCCAUGCACAAGGGCAACUAAAAGCAGCGCAAAAGUUCUGCCCUCAGCUUGGAGUUCCUCACCCCUGAGCGUGGACCAAGUAUUGCAGAAGGCCUAAUUAGGGAUUUCCACCUAUCUUUCCUUAAGUCCUUGUCUUUCUCCAUGUCCUUGUCAUGUUCUUUCCUAUGGUUUCCUUUGUUUUUUUAUCAUUACCGUCCUGGGCAACUCUGGACCUCAAGAUCCACUUUCCUGGAGAGUUUAGCUCCAACCCAAAUAAAGCACACUAAAACAAGCUACUCGGUGGACUAUUCAAAGUUCGAGAACAUGGUCAAGGUGGCCACCCUGCGCUGCAGCGUCCGUGAGCUGGAUGCAAAGCCCUACAUCUUUGAUCCAGACACUCAAGAAAAGUGAGUUGUUGCACCAGAACGUUUUUGCGCAAGAGGAAAUCCAUGCACCGAAAAACUCUGUGUGCAAGGACAACUCUAUGCCCUGCAGCAGUUCCACUCUUACCAUGCCCAAAGUGCAGUUCUUUACUCCUGAAAUUGGACCAAAUCUAGCAGUCACUUCUUUCUUUAAGUCCUUGUCAUAUUCUUUUUUAUGUUUUCCUUUGAUUUCUGACCAUUCCUAUCCUGGGCAACUCUGGUCCUUGAGAUCCACUUUCCUGCAGAGUUUAGUUCCAACCCAAAUAUAACACACUAGAACAAGCUAAUCAAGAUCUUUAUGAUUACUUGGCCCUGUCCCAAAUGGUACCUUAAGCCCUUGUGGUCUUUCUCUAAGAUCACUCUGGCCCAGUCCCAAAUGGCACCCUAAACCCUAACGGUCUUCCUCUGAGUCCACACAUUUGUGACGAAAUAACACUUUGACUGCCAGGCAGAAGUCAGCUGUGUGUAGCUUACAGACUUGCGGGCUCAGCAGAAGUGUGCACAGAGGGCGCAUAGCGGCCGCGCUCCUUCUGAAAGCUAAAAUGACAAAUGGGACAAGCUACAGUCUCAUGGACUUAACAGACACAUGCACACAACGGCCACUGUAAGUCCUCUAGACCGAAAGUGCACAUGAAGUGUGCCAUUUAGGACAGGGCCUCUUUUGUGAUGUAAUGCUGCUUUGAUUACUGGGUAGACGUAUGCUGUGGAGCUCACCUCUGUGCUGGCUUAGCAGAAGUGUGCAUUGAGGGCUCAUAUUCAGAGGGAAGAUAGCGAUCACCCUUCUGAAACCUAAAAUGAUGGGACACUCUAUGCCACUUUUUCCCAACCCUGCUCCUGGAGGCACACCGACAGUACACAUUUUGGAUGUGUCCUUAUCUGAUCUAUCCAUUUCCUGAAGUCUCUAGGUGUGAAAAAGUGAAAAAAGUUUGAAAAUGUGUCUUGGUGUGCCUUCAGGGACAGGCUUGAGAAACACUGCCCUCUGGUCAGGUGGACUUGUGUACGGCGGGCAUUGUAAGUCCACAAGACUGCAAGUUCACAUGAAGUGUGCCAUUUUGGACAGGGCCCUAGAAAGGUCUAAGUUUGAUCAGGGUUUACUCUGCAGGAAAGUGCAUCUCAAGGGUCAAAGUUGGUCACCGUGUAAUAUCUAAAGGUGAAACAUUGUUUUUGACAUUAUAAUUUUGAUUAUAUUAGAUAGUUUCAUUUCUAACUGUUGAUACUCAUUUAAUGUAUAAUUCCAAAGAGCACCACAAGUAAUUAUGGAUAUUAGUCAGCAUGAAAUGGCAAUUUCCUAUUUUCUAAAAGCAUAUUGCAGAUCUUAUUGUGAACAAUUCAUCUGUUUCAUUUUUAAGUUUUAUUAUUAUUAUUAUUAUUAUUAUUUGUAAUUUUCAACUGUCAUAACUGAAUCGUCUGUUAAAAACACACUUCUUCUACCUGGUGAAGUAUGCAAGUCACUGCUCUACUUUUUUUAUUAUUAUUAUUGAUAAUCUGUUACACUUUGUUGUCCAUUCAUCACUAUAUGGAAAAAAAAAAAGGAUUCCAAAAGAGCGUUUUCACAGCGAUGACAGAAAAACUUUUUUGAUUCCCAAAGAACCUUUCAGUGCACAAUUCUUAAAAGAACCUUUUUUUUUCUUAGUGGGAAGAACAUUUUCCUCUAUAAAGAACCUUUUGUGGAAUGGAAAGUUUCUGUGGAACCAUCAAUGCCAGUAUAGAACCUUUAUUUUUAAGUGUACUUGUGUUUCAGUGCAACUUAUCACUGUAUGACUCUAUACUUAAAUGCAAUGUACUAUGGACAAUGACAGUAUGUUUCACAUUUAAUUAAACUUAACUUGUCUUUA